UUAUAAUAUUAGCUCAAAAAACAAUGGCAUUAGUUCGUAUUUUACAAAUACUUAAGAGACCAGAGAACGUCAGCAAGCGUGGAUUUUUAUCGCAUUUUUUAUGGAAAUAUAAAUCAUGUAAAGCAGAAACCUUCCUGAGCGGAACUAAUGCGAACUUUUUAGAAGCUCAAUAUUUGGAUUGGGCGAAAUCGAGAGGAUCCAUAGAUUCCACAUGGGACGGUUUCUAUGAAAGCGUGAGCGGGCCAACGUUGAAAAUCGAAGAAUUCGAGGAUGAAUUUAGUCCGAAAACAGUCAAUCUAAAAUCAAAAGAAAAGGAUGAUAAAGAAUCUAAGGAACGGAUAAAAUUACAUCUCGCUGUGCAAAAUCUGAUCAGAAGUUAUCAGACUCGAGGACAUCUACUAGCCAAGACGGAUCCACUAAAGCUUACGAUUGGCGCUCGAUGGAUUCUUAAAUCACAAAACGCUCCUUUAGACAUGAAAGGAGUAGAAUGUCGCGUGGUUUCAAGAGAACUCGGCUCUGUUUUGUACGAAGAACACAUGGAUACAGUUUUUGAGUUACCCGAUAGAACCUUCAUAGGUGGCAAGGAAACAGCGCUAACCCUAAGGGAGAUAAUAAGUCGCUUAGAAAGAGUAUAUUGUGGUGCGAUAGGAAUUGAAUAUAUGCACUUGUACGACUUGGAUUGCCUUCAGUUUAUACGAGAGAGGAUGGAAACUCCUGGAGCGUUCGAUAAGACAGUCGAAGAAAAGAGGGACAUCAUGCGACGUCUUACUAAAGCCGUUUUUUUAGAAAAGUACUUCGCAACGAAAUGGCCGGCAGAGAAGCGUUUUGGAUUAGAAGGCGGCGAGAGCAUGAUCGCGAUGCUGGAGGAGAUUGUUGAUUGCAGCACAAAACUUGGUGUGGAAUCCAUUGUGAUGGCAAUGCAACAUCGAGGGCGUUUGAACAUGUUAGUGAAUGUAUGCCGUAAACAACUGACUGAUAUAUUUGCUCAAUUUAAACCAAUGGAACCCAAGGAGCCGGGAUCAGGCGACAUCAAGUACCAUCUCGGUACAUUUAUCCAUCGGUUCAUCCGAAAAACUAAUAAGUACAUUAAAGUAUCCAUGAGUUGCAACCCUUCGCACUUGGAAGUAGUGUCACCUGUAGUUAUUGGGAAGGCUCGCGCAGAACAACAUUGGAAAGGAGAUAGUAAUGGAGAUAAGGUAAUGGCGAUAAUUAUGCACGGGGACGCAGCAUUUUCAGGCCAGGGCGUCGUGUAUGAAACAAUGCAUUUAGGAAAUUUGCCUAACUUCACUACACAUGGAUCCAUUCACAUAGUGUGCAACAACCAGAUCGGAUAUACCACUGAUCCUAGAUUCGCUAGAAGUUCGCCUUACUGUUCAGAUGUAGCUAAGUGCGUAGAUGCACCGGUCUUGCACGUGAACAGUGAUGAUGCAGAAGCAGUUGCACACGUGGCACGGGUAGCGAUAGAAUUUCGUUGCAAAUUCAAGAAGGACGUUGUAAUUGAUUUAGUGUGCUAUCGUCGAUUUGGCCAUAGCGAAGAGGAUGAACCGAUGUUUACUCAGCCUAUUAUGUAUAAGAAGAUAAAGAUUAUGCAAACUGUGGAUCGGAUAUACGGUGAUAAACUGAAAGCAGAUGGCGUAAUAACAGACACAGACAUUAAAGGUUGGGAAAAGGAGUAUAUGGAUACUUUGAAUAAACACUUUGAACUAGCGAAGAAGAUUACGAAAUUGAGUAUUAUGGAUUGGGUCGAUACACCAUGGACUGGUUUCUUCGAAGCAAGUGAUCCUAAAAAGAUACGCGAUACUGGCAUCUCUGAAACGACAAUAACAACAAUAUCCCAACACUUUUGUAGACCACCCGAACCCUGGGCUUUUGAAAUACACAAAGGCAUUCACAGGAUGCUAGAGAAACGGGAAAAAAUGGUGAAGUCUGGUAUGGCGGACUGGGCAAUGGGAGAGGCGCUAGCAUACGGCUCCCUUUUGCGGGACAAGAUUCACAUAAGACUCACCGGUGAAGAUGUUGAAAGAGGCACUAUGGCGCAUAGGCAUCACGUAUAUCACCAUCAAGGCGUGGAUGGCGCCACUUACCGAGUACUUGACACUUUAUAUCCAGAUCAAUCUUUGUACAGUUUACAUAAUAGCUCUUUAAGUGAAUUCGGUAUUUUGGGCUUUGAAGUCGGGUAUUCAUAUUCGAGCCCUUGUCUCCUUACAAUCUGGGAGGCGCAGUACGGUGACUUUGCUGAUACAGCUCAGCCAGUAUUUGACACAUUCAUAGCCAAUGGAGAGAGCAAAUGGGUGUGCCAGACAGGCAUCGUGGUUCAAUUACCACAUGGCAUUGAUGGAGCUGGCCCAGAGCAUUCAUCAGCACGUGUGGAGCGUUACCUUCAGCAGGCCGAUGAUGACGAGGAUAAUAUUCCCGAUCUUGAUGACAAAUAUAUGCCAUUGAAACAAUUACGGGCUGCAAACUGGAUCGUGUGUAACGUUACGACUCCAGCGAACUAUUUCCAUUUGAUACGGCGACAAAUAGCUUUGCCUUUCCGCAAACCGCUCAUCCUGAUGACACCAAAAGUUGGCCUUAAACACCCAUAUUAUACAUCACCAUUCAAGGAUUUUUUACCUGGAACUUCUUUUCAAAGAUUGAUACCGGAAACUGGGCCAGCAAGCCAGAAACCAAAAGAAGUAAAAAAAUUAAUUUUCUGUUCUGGCAAAGUAGCUAUUAUAAUCGACGAACUACGGAAAGAGAAGAAGUUGGAAGAAAAGAUUGCUUUAUGUCGUAUCGAGCAAAUAUACCCAUUUCCGUACGACCUAGUACUCAAAGAAUUUUGUAAAUAUGAAAAAGCUAAAACUGUGUUUUGUCAAGAGGAACACAAGAAUCAGGGACCUUGGUCUUUUGUCCGACCAAGGCUUGAAAAUCUAUUUGGAAAGAAAAUCGAGUGUGUAUCAAGACCACCCAGCGCAGCUUCUGCAACGGGAAUCAAAUGGAUACAUGCGAAAGAACUUAAGGAAUUGAAAGAAAACAUAGUUGAUUUAUAA